UGACGUCAUGGGUCUGGCGGAGCGCAGCAGAAGCUCUUUGCCAGCGACGGGGGUUGGUGUCCGCGAGCCGUUGGUCCCAAAAAGCUGGCCUGCCGCCGUCAGCACUAGCAGCCCUCGGCCGGAGUGCUGACGUCACGGCGGCUUCGGAGCGGCUGGCCAAUCAGCGACGGCGCAAGCGGAAAACCACCGAGCGCGGACGCCUGCGAACGGCAGAGAGCGAGAGAGAGCGUUGGAGGUGGCACGUGCCGGACCGACGCGCACUGGGAGGCACGAGCGCGGCGCCAACGCCGGCGGUGACGCAGCGACGCGGCGACGGCCGGAGCAGUGACGCCCAGCGUGCCGACGGGAGCGGCGGCGAGCAGCGCGGCGUGCCGAGACUGGAGUGGCCUCCUGCGCCAGCGGCGAUGUCGAUGAUGGCGGCCAACCGGCUGCGGCGCGGCCGCAAGCGCACAGACAGCAUAGUGACUGUGGAGGCGCAGGGUGCCGGCCUGCUCUGCUUUUCGGCCGACGGCUCCUGGUUCGAGGGUCAGCUCGAGGCGAACGAUGAGCGCGACUUCGACCUGCACGGCCGGCUGGUGCCCGACGAUCCGGUGCCGGUGCCGGCGUCGGCGGCCGGCGCGCCGCCGGCCGACAGCGACGAGGAGCACGCCAUCCUGCUGGAGCCGGUGAACGAGGAGGCGGCCAGCGAUGACUCGGGCCGGCCCGAGAGCCCGGCGGCGGUCACCGGCGGCUCCGGCAGCGGCCGCGUCAGCUCGGCCACCAGCAGCCCCGCCUCGCUCAUCACGCCGAUAGCGUUCGAGGCGGCCAUGCGCGCGCUGGCCGCCGUGGCGCCCGGCGCGCCCGUCACCUACGACGUGAACAUCCGCGACCACGAGGAGGGCUCGGAGCACCGCGUGCGCUUCGUGGCCGGCUACAGCGGCGAGUCGUGCGCCCUGGACAGUAAGGAGCUGCAGUUCACCGCCGAGAAGCGCUACCGCGGCCAGCGCGCCGACAUGAUCAUCCAGAAGCGGCUGGGGUCGGCGCUGCUCGGCCAGGGCUGUGUGGUCUUCACCGGCAAAAUGCGCAUCGAGUACCAGUACGACUACCUGCGCACGCCCAAGUGGUGUCUGUAGGCGGUCACCGCCGCCGGCCGUCGGCCUCUCAUGAUCUCAACGGGCGCACGCGAACCGGCCUGUCGCCGGACGUGUUGUUACGGGCCGAGUGUGACAGUGUGAGGCCCUGGACGGAGUGUGCGCGGUCUGUGACGGAGCGUGUGAGGUCUGUGACGGAGUGUGUGAGGUCUGCGACAGAGUGUGUGAGGUCUGCGACGGCGUGUGCGCGGUCCGUAGCGGAGCGUGCGUGUCGUUUGUGACGGGGAGUGAGGUCCGCGACGACGGAACCGCCGCCCGCGGCUGAUCCGAUGGGAGAUGGUGGAGGGAGUGUCGACCUGCGGCACUGCGCAGCGAGGAAUGCCCUCGCUCGUGAUCGCUUGCCGAGGUCAGGCAGACCGCCUUUCCUGCACGGGUCACCGUUAGGCAGGCCGCCUUUCCUUGACGGGUCACCAGUCUUCAAUGUUUGUGCGUAAUUUAGUCAAACUAAGUCGAACGUGUUGUCGCCUAAGACAUCCAGAGAAUAAGAUGGCUUUGUUGGGCUGGACCCGAUCAGCCAUGUGGCGAUGGGCAUGGAUGUGCCGCCGUAGGCUAGGCGGCUAUUGCGUUUUAAGCGGAUGUACAGUUUUCAGUUAAAAUAUCAACCUUGUGUCUUCCAUCAAGCAUCCAGGGUACGUUGGUUAAGUACCCUAAGUAAUAAAAUGGAAGUGCUGCUCUU